AUGGCGGAUUUAGCUCCUAAAGCGGAAAUAUCGGAUGCCGUGGAUGCAAGUGCCCGUGAUUUUAAUGAAACCGAUCUGUCGCAAUCAUGCGCAAUCAUGAAUGAGGGAGAGUCGCAUCAGUUUGAAGCGAAUGCCACAGCUUCCACACCCGAACCGGAAACAGCUUCCUCGGACCAGCAGGUGGAAACUGAUGGGAUUACUGAAUACCAUGCAUUUGACCAUAACCCCCACGAGCGACCUCAUUCCUCCUCUUCUCAUGCUUCCGCUACUUUUACUGGUGAUGACGAUUAUUUCGAUCAAGAGGGCCGACAUGCCGCAAGGUCAACAUCAAGUCGCUCAUCCAUUUCUUCUUUACCGGGCUCCGUCGUCGUAUAUCCUCCAGGAAAGCAUGAUUACAACGGCACCAUUACCCCAUCGAAUUUCCGCGGGCAUUAUAUGCAACAUUAUAUAGAGAGUAAUAAUGACCAACCCAUUCCCGUGGACAGCAAGGACUUUAAAAAGAACACUUAUACCUCCCGGCUUUCAAAAAUUGCGCCUGGCGUUCGAGAUCGUGAUUCGCCUUUUAGACACCCUAGCUCAGUGCUUGCGAUGCAAAUGGGAGAUGAGGAGGAUUGUGACGGGUAUGGGUAUGAGUACGACAAUGAGAAAACUACACCAUCGCGAUAUCGGAAGCGCCGGGGCAACGGCCGUGGCCAUUCGUGCCAGAGUGUGUCGGGGAUGUCCAUGCGCUCGCUGGUCUCGACGCCGCCGUCUGCUAGGUGGAAUUAUAAAUCACCACCGACAAAAGGGGAGCCAGUACAGAAGGAGUACCCACUAGUCCUUCUCCAUUGUACUUUGCUCCCACCGUCUCUUACACUACCGCAUGGUUUGGGAAGACCUAGUGCGCAGCUUCUCGAGGAGAUUUUGCCGGAAAAGUACUGGGCGAGGUGGAAGUUGUUGGAGGAUAAGAUUGUCAAUUCGGGUGUGCUGAGGGAUCGCGGGUUGCUGAUAUCUCAUCCCCAAGAAAUGUAUGACUUGCUUGAGGAGCGGCUAUUAGAGAGUCUAGAGCUGGUUCGGCCAAGGUUGGGAUACGGGCAUUUCCUUGGUCGGGAAGAUGAAGACAGUGCGGAUGAUGGAGCGUGGAGAGAAAUGGAAAAGGUCGACGUCGAAGUCGGAUUGGCACUCCCGGUCGAGAUAAAGCGGGAACUAGAGCGGAGAAUUACUGAAGAGGGUAAGAUGAAGAUCGAGCAGGAACUGCGGUUGUUGGAGGAGGAACAACGGAGGAGAGAGAUUUACGGUGAACCGCCACCACCCACCCAGGAGGCAAUAGAUGGGCUCGGAGAUGAUGUGGUUCCUCCCUUUCAAUCGGAUUUUGACAGGCCAUCACCUCCUCCUACUUUCGAGCAGCCAGAGCCACGGGCAACAGUUCUCUCCGUGUCAACCUAUAAGCAUGGACAUGAGCAUGAGAUGAUACCCGCCAAAUCUGAUGAGAUUGAUUUGCAGACUCUUUGCGCAAAUUACAUCCGUGUUCUCGCCAGUGAUACACGGAACGUCGCGCUUGCUUUCCUAAGUAGCAAACUCUCACAUCGCAACACACACCAAACCGUUUUGCACAUCUUUGCCAAAGUGAAUCUCACUCUAGUGAGCCCUCGAUUCAGCCCCAAGCACCAGCUGCAUUUAAACCUACGGUAUUAG